GGCAGUGGUGGCGGCGGCGGUGGUGGCAGCGGCUGCGACAGCUCCGGGAGCCGGAGGGACGGCGCCGGGCGGCUGGCGGCCGCCUUGCUCGCCUGACCUGCGUGCCCCCCCCGUGUCCGCGCCGGGCUGCCCCGAAGGAUGUCCGCCCAGUCCAAGGGGACCGCAUCCUCGUCCUCGUCGCCGUCCGAGGGGCCGCCAGCUGCCUCCAAAGCCAAGGUGAAGGAGCAGAUCAAGAUCAUCGUGGAGGAUUUGGAAUUAGUGCUGGGGGACCUGAAAGACGUGGCCAAGGAACUUAAGGAGGUGGUUGACCAGAUUGACACGCUGACAUCUGACCUGCAGCUGGAGGAUGAGAUGACGGACAGUUCCAAAACAGACACACUUAACAGCAGCUCCAGCAGCACAACAGCUUCCAGCUUGGAGAAGGUCAAGGUGCGGGGCAGUGCUCCCCUCAUCAAGCCCACUGCGCAGCCCUCCACUAUCCUCACCGUGCUGCGGAAGCCAAAUCCUCCCCCGCCUCCACCACGACUGACGCCUGUCAAGUGUGACGAGCCUCCGAGGCUGCCUCCUUCCACCAACCCUGUCAAGACUAAUGGUACCCUGCUGAGAAAUGGGCCCAACCGCAUCCCAAAUGGAGAUAUGUGCUGUAUACCAAACAGUAAUUUGGACAAAGUUGCAAUGCAGCCUCUAAUGCAUAGACCCGAGAAAGAGCGGUGUCCUCAGCCAGGAGCAAGGGAACGGGUACGAUUUAAUGAAAAAGUGCAGUACCACGGUUAUUGCCCAGACUGUGAUGUUCGGUAUAACAUUAAAAACAGGGAGGUGCACUUGCACAGUGAGCCUGCCCAUCUUGUGGGAAAGAUGCUGCAUCAGUGCCCUCCUCUGCCGCCUCCACCGCCUCCACUGCCUCCAUUUCCCCUAGAAAAUGGAGGGUUGGGGAUAGGUUCCAGUAAUAGCUUUCCUCCUCCAAGACCCGCGACUGUGCCUCCACAAACUGCGCCAAAACCCCAGAAGACCAUCUUGAGAAAAUCAACCACUACAACAGUGUGAUGUAUGCCACUUGAAAAAACUCUUUGUUUUUUCCUAAAUAUAAACAUAAAUAGGUAAUGAGCACUUUCUACUUGAGCAAUAAAAAGACCCAAUGUAUUA